CACACGCACGCACACACCUCCAUAACAUUAUCGCUUUUAACCAACAGACAGAUAGUAUUGCUCUUAAUUUACCCUGUCAGGGUUGAAUUUGAAUUGAAAAUCUCAAUCCAGAUAGAUUUUCACACGAUAGGAAAAUCAUUUACUUUGCCCUAAUUGCGUCUGUCUUCCAGUUUGUUGUGAAGAAGUUGCAAUAAUUUCAAAGUCACUUGGUGACGCUCAGAGGUUUGACAUUAUUCCAGAAAUGCAGCUGUUAUACAGCGGACAAACGUGGUGAUUUCACAAGAGGAACCGUGACAGAUGUCGCAGCAUUUUAUCCGAAUAUAUUAUUCGUGGUUCUAUGGAAAAUGAAUGUCGAUGAAUUCAGACGUCAUUGCCAAGUGUCGAAUCGAUCUUCAUGUAAAGCAUGGCGUGGAUUAUGAUUAGGCGCGAAGUAUCCAUUGCCACCUGAAGUGCGAUCAUUCACACUCCUGCAGCAGUUAACAGUGGUUUUUCGCGUGUUGAUGUCGAGCAGCAAACAGCUGAUAAAUGACGACGUAAGCAAAGAGUGACCUCCGAAAUCAAGAGCACCUGAGACCGUCAAGUUUAUUACAUUUAUAAGGAUACAUAUAGAGAGCUGCAGCAAUGUACAGCUUCAUAAUGAACGCCAAAAUUGUGUUCCUCGCAUUUGCUUCGAUUAUGAGACGACCAUGUGCUUAUGCUAAUAUUAAAGGGUUGCCUGCUGCAAGUGACCCCACACAGGUAGCAAUUUCUAAACAAGAAGCUGCUCUGUUUCACAAUGUGCUUCAAACCAGACACAAAGACUUUGAUGCUGUGCUGGCUCUUAUGACUGCUGCACAGAACAGAUGGGCAGAGGGAUACCAACGGCCAAAAUUGAUGGAAAGUGAGCUAGACAUACUAUACCAAGGAGACAUUGUUCUGAAUUUGAAGCAAGCACGGCACCUCUUCGAGAAGAAAAUAGGAUUGAGGAGAAAAAGAGCUGCAGGGAACAGUAAAGUUAGGAAACAAUCUUCAAGGGGUAGAUCUAAGUCUAAGUCACGUAAACCAGUAAUAAAUCUUGAAUCUGCAGGCAUGCCGCUUCAAGCACCAAAAACUAGUGUUGGUCGAUCACGGUCGUCUCACGCUAGGAAAAUGCUACCUACAGUUCAAACUACGGUACAUGGCUCUCAAUCAAAGACCACUAUUGUACAAUCACAAGUAUUUGAUGUUUCUCUAACUACCCCUUCUGUUCUGUCAGCAGCUGUUGUUACUGAGAGAGUUUCUACCAUUCAGUCUAAUGAUCCUGGUCCUCAGUCAAAAGUUCCUGCAGCUCACACUAAGGCGUUUGUUCUACAGUCAUAUAGUCCUGUUCAAAUUAAGACUACUGCUCUCCAAACACAGGAUUCCAGUGUGCAGAUGACGUCACCUGUCGUUCAGACUAACGUUAAUGAUAUCACGGACGAUACUUCAGUUGUACAAGGGGAUGUUCCUGUUCAACAUGAACCCCCCAUCGCUCAGUCACUAGCUCCUGAUGUUCAGACUACUCCUCCAUUAACUGAGACAAAGGCUCCUGUUACCACGACCGAUACUUCAGUUGCACAAGGAGAUGUUCCUGUUCAACAUGAACCCCCCAUCGCUCAGUCACUAGCUCCUGAUGUUCAGAUUAAUACUGUUAGCGUUGAUACCGAGGCAUCUGAUAUUCAGUCACAUGUUACGGCUGUACAACCCAAGAAGCCUGUUGUUCAGCCAGAGUUUCUAAAUGUUAAGACAAAUCCUCCAUUAAUUGCGGAAAAGACCCCUGUUGUUGUCCAGUCAAGCGUUGCGCAGCCUGUUGCUGAUGUAAUAUCACAGUCUAGCGAUGGAGGUUUUCGUGUCACAUCAACACAGCAUCCAGUAGCGUAUGAAGCAAGUGGAUUUCAAUUAAAAGCCAUUGGUGGUUUUAUGAGGCCACGGUUGCAUGUCGAUGAGCCCUUGGGUGGCAUCGGUGCAAAUCUACUGAAAACCCAAGUGGGAGUACCAAUCAACGUGACGUCCGUUGAUGCUGAAGAUGAUGACGCUGAUUUGCCUGUACCAACUGACAUGUGGACGAUGCCAAUCUCUUACCGCAUAUAUGACCUUGAUGAGAAAGCCAAAUUGUUGAUCAAAUCGGCAGUCCAACUCAUAGAGCAACAGACAUGUGUGCGGUUUAAGGAGAUGAGCAAGGGAAGUAACCAGAGGGGAGACAAAGGCUUGAUAGGAUUCAUUCAUGGAGAGAGAUGCUGGUCCUGGGUAGGAAAGCAAGGAGGUGAACAAGAAAUAUCACUCAGCAAAGAAUGCCUAACAGCAGGCAUGGUCUUGCAUCUACUGGGACAUGCCCUCGGCAUGUGGCAUCACAACUCACACAGUGAUCAUGGUUCCCACCUGAUAAAAGUCACUGAUAACAUAGCCACUGGCAUGGAACACAACUUCCUCAUGUUUAAAACACACGCCCAAGAGUCUCCAUUCGAUGCUGGAAGCAUCAUGAAUUUUAUGGCGGAGGCGUUUUCCAAAAAGCGUGGAUUACCUACUCUACUCGCCAAGAAUUCCAUGGUCCAACCUGCAAUUGGCCAAAGGGAUGUACUUUCUUUUUAUGACGUGUGGCUAAUCAACAAGCUCUACUGCUCAGAAACUUGUAGAAAGGCUGAACCCGUUUGUCAACAUGAAGGAUACCAACACCCUAAUCAUUGCAGUAACUGCCUCUGUCCUGCAGGAUUUGUUGGUCCAUUUUGUGAAUAUCUCGCACCAUCCAUAAAUACUGAAAAUGGACGCAUCAUCAAGGUGGCCUGUAAUGAAACUGGUGAGAUAACUGAGAAGGAACCAGCUGGUGUUGAGGCCUGGUGGCUGCUUCAGGGCCCUGCAAGUUCAAAGAUAAGUCUGGCAAAGACUGGUAUGGAUAUUGCUUACUAUCAAGAUUACACUUUGACGUGUCCAGACUGGCUUUCAAUACACUACACAAAUCUUGCCAUUCCUAAUGUUAGGGUAUGUGGCAAGACGGCUCCAGAUUGGGUAGGCGUCACCAUGCGGACAGAAACCAAUGAGAUACUGUUUACGAUGAAGGUCUCCUCUGCCGCAAGUGGGGGUUUCAGAUACCGGUACACAGUUGAUUGCUCGCCAAUGAAGAAGGAUCUGACUGAAACCCCAGAGCUUCCAUGGGAAUCGAUGGAGCUGCAUGUCACUUGGGGGGAAUGGAGCAACUGGAGCCAAUGUGACAUGAGCCGGUGUGGCUGUAGGAGUUCGCGCAUUCGCACAAGGAUCUGCCAUCUACCAAAGGGGUUCCACUGCAGGGGGGAAGAUCGACAGACUAUCUCAUGCGGGGAGUCAUCUCAGUCCUGCAGCAACAGAUUUCGUAGGCAGUGGUGUUGUAACAAGUGGAUACUAAGGAGGAAACAGAGAAAGUGUAUCUCCCCCACAUUCCUUCUAUCUAGGUAUUUAACUGCAACAUAAUCUAAAAAUACGGGUUAACACGACCACUGACGCUGAUAUGAAAAGCCAGACGUGAAUGAUAAUUUUUGCAUCGAAUAUAAAUUCGGCAGUUUCCAAUCAUUAACAAAAUGAAAAAUGCUUCCAGCAUUUCCAGUUAUCAUGGUAGUGUACCAGAUGUUGGUGUUAAAUUGUAAAAAAAAAAGUUCAUUGACAUUCCAGAAGCUCAAAAUGUUCAAAAAUGUGCCGAUAUGGGUGCGAGCGUUGGCUUUGUUUGUAUAUUCUUAUACUAGAUAUGGAAUGGUAUUCUGAAUAUAAAUAUAAUUAUGCACCCACGUCAUAUUACCGCGUUGGGAAUUUAAUACAGCACGAAAAGUGCCGCAAUUAUGUGUACAUGUACAAGACAAGUACAAUUUGAUAAAGGAAACGCAUUCAAUAUACUAAAGAGUGAUUAUUAAAAUCCGAGAGGGGGCAGCACCUACAUUAUAUAGCGCGCAAGCCUGCCAAUUAUGCCCAAGACUACGGGAUAACUGUUGAGCCAAGCAUACUGAUAUUUUUAUUUCUCAUCACGUUAUCACAUGAAGAUGUGUAUGUCUAAUUACAUGCUGAUAUUGAAUUGUAACCUCGAUAGUUCUGUAGAUAUCAUCAAAAGAUGAUAUUCUGUGAAUCCCAUAGCAUGUCAGUGUCAGUUCUGCCAUCCCUGAAAGGUUAUGUCAGUCACACACUGAAAUACAAUGCAGUUGUAAUA